UCGAAAAUCAUCAUCAUCUCAGCCAGAGUGCGGCAGAUUUUUGUGUCUGGUGGUUCCAUCGUUUCAGAAAAUCAGUGUGCGUGUGGAAAAAAUCGACCCGCCUCGCAUUCACCCGGCAAAAUGGCCCAAACCUUCGCUGAGGACCAGUACGGCAAGAAGAUCGACCGCUGCCUGACCGACACGCUGGUCAAAUUCGGUGGUGGCCUUGCCCUGGGUACCGUGUUCUCGCUGUUGUUCUUCAAGAGACGUGCGUGGCCCAUUAUCAUGGGAUCGGGUUUCGGCGUCGGAGUGGCCUACACCAACUGCGAACGUUCGCUCAAUAGCAAGUAGAGAUUAGGAACGGGACAGUUCCGGAAGAGUGGUGAAGUGUCGUGAUGGAAUCGUGAUCGGUGCUGCCGCCGCGUCCGUGGCGGAGAUGCGGUUUUCUUAAUAAAUUAUCUUUAUGUUGAAGAACUCGUCAA